UGUAAGCAAUGGGAAGAUACAAAAGAGGCACACCAAUAUCGAGUGGGGGCUACAAUUUGCGUAGUACUAAAACGUCGAAUGUAAAUCGAAACAAGUCUGUAAGACAAAGCAUUGAUUACAGUGGCGUAGACUUUAACGCGUUAUCUGUAAUCAUCACACACGAAGAUAAAGUGAACGAUGACGUUAUUGAUAUAUCACAUUCUAGCAAAGAAGGACCAACAUUGAACAAAAGUCAAUGCACUUCAAACGAAAAACCUAAUAAAGAUGACAUAGAUAACUCAACAAAAGAUGCCUAUAGAAAAUCUGUAUCUGAACUUCAAGGUGCAAAGUCAAAUAGAUCGUUCAGCCCUUGUUUAGGAAGUAUCACUCUAAAUCAAUCGGUAAGCAAUUGUCAGAAAAUGUCAAACAGUUUUCAGGAUAAUGAUAACCCUUAUAAAAUCUCUCGUCCGAACAUCGUACUUGAAACAAACAAAACUCACAAAUCUGAUAAUAAUGUUGGAAAUCUAGAUGCAAAAAGAAGAGAAACCUUUUCAUCAAAAAAUGAAAAAAAAUAUCCAGGAAAACGAAGACACAAAAGCCGGUCACUUAGUACGGAAUCCAAUAGGCGAAAGAGAAUUAGAUCAUCUACUAAUUUUGUUGGCGAUGUAAAACACAAACAGCAAAGUUCUAGGAAUGACAAAAUUCGGGAUGGAGAACACCCCUAUUCCGUCGGACGACCAGAUAAAUCUCCUGCUUGUCACUUUUACGGCCGGUAUAGGCGUAAAAUAAAAUUUGAAAGACAAAGUUCGUUCCGAGAAAAGAUAGAUCAACGAUUGCCAUAUCACAAAGGCACAAAAUCACUACGAAGUACUGCUUACAGAGAGAGGUCUCCAUUAAGACAUACACCUGGGCAGCAAAGGGGACACGUUUCCAGGCUACAUGCUUAUCAUAGUUCUCCAUGUAAAAAUACAGAUCUACAUUUAUCUUCAAACCGGAACUAUGAAUUUUGUCAUGAUCAGAAUCCUACAUUUGAUAAAAUAUCUCGUUCUUGCAAUACUGAAUACGAUCGAAAUAUCCAACGAACACAUGAAUUAGAGAGCAGACAUGAACACACUUGGCAUACAGUGUCUUCAAACAGCAACAAUGAAGUUUUUCGUUGGCAGAAGCCUACAUUUGAUAGAAGAUCUCGAUUAAAUGUUGAUAUCAACAGUGAGUAUGAUAGAUAUAGCCAUAGAACGCAUGAAAAAGAAAGAACAUUUGAAAACAUACGGCAGGGUGUGUCAUCAAACAGGAAUUAUGACAUUUGUCGUGAGCAGAAUUCUACAGUUGAUAGAAGAUCGCGUUCAAAUUAUGGUAUCAACACGGGAUAUGUUAAUAAUUCCAAAAGUACAUAUGAAAAAGAAAGCCAACAUGAAACCACAUGGCAAGGAGUGUCUUCAAACAGGAAUUAUGAACUUUCUGGACAGAAUCGUACAUUUGAUAGACUAUCUCGUUCAAAUAUGGAUAUUCAUACUGAAUAUUAUCGAAAUAUCCAACGACCACAUCAAUUAGCGAGAAGACAUGAACAAACUUGGGAGGGAGUGUCUUCAAACAGCAAUAAUGACCUUUGUCGUUGGCAGGAUCCUACAUUUGAUAGAAGAUCUCGAUUAAAUAUUGAUAUCAACACUGAAUAUGAUCAAAAUACCGAAACAAAACAUGAAAUAGAAAGCAGACAUGAAAACACAUGGCAUAGAGUAUCUCCAAAUAGGAAUUAUGAACCUUGUGGGCAGAUUCCUCCAAUCGAUAAAAGAUCAUGUUUUAAUGUAAAUAUCAACACCGAGUAUGGUAGAAAUAUCCAAAGAACACACGAAAAUAUAAAUCGAAGAAUGAAUCACAAAGAGACAUAUGAAUCUCGUUCCAACUCUAAAUCGAACGUUCCAAGCACAAAGCAAUAUAACUGUGAGAAGAAAAUGUUAACACACAAUUCUCAGAAUGGCUUUGAAGCGUCUCAUCAAAAGAUAGAUAUAGAAAAAUUGUCAAAGAUGGAUAGCGAUAGCCUAGCGGCUCAUCUAAGUACUUAUAGUAGAGAGCUAGAUACAUUUUUGUUUAAGGAUGUGAGAAGGGAGCAGAUGUCUUUAUUUUUGCAAGUGAUGUGUCAGUUGUGUAAGUGUAAGCGUGAAGUAUUAGUUCAGAAAGCUCUCAAUCCAUUAAAAGAAAGAAGGUUCUUUGACCGACCGGAUAUAAAGAAAAUUAUUUGCGAAUUGCGUUUACAGUUUGAUGAGGAAAAGAUUCAGAUUCUGCAAAAUUUACUAGUUUUGAUGAAAGGACUUGCAUAUCAUGCCAAUACUGGGCCCUCUGAUUUGAUCACACCAUUAGAUUCCUUAGAAAGAUGUGUAAAUGAAAAACUAAAGAAUGGAAAUCAACAAAGCAACCUUAAAGCAUUAAUACAACAGAUAAGAGACAAGUGGGAUCCUGCAAAAACUCUUUGUGACGAGAACAAACUCUCAACUUUAUCUAUAUUGCCAGAUCUUAUAGAAAUAGAGUCGUCGUGUGCGAGUUCUUUAAUUGAUUCUGAGUUUGACACAGAAGAAAGCUACUUGCGAAGACUUUUUAUGGUUCAUCGACAGGAUUUUAUAAGGCCUCUAUGUAAAGGGUUAAUGUCUUUAAAAAACACUUUAUUUGCAGAUCCGUAUUGUCUUGAGAAGAAAUGGCGCCAUGAUGACAUCCGUGUUUAUAAAGAUAUAUGUUUCCUAUCACGAUGUUGUAAUGAGCAGAACGGCAUAACUUGGAAAAUUAGUUUUGAUAUCACUCCGUAUAGUCGAAUCAACUGGAACAUUAGAAAGCUACUGACAUUUGGAUCUCUUGUGUGCUUAACUAACAGAACAUUUACCAUUCUUCAGUAUGCAACUGUAGCAGAUCGUAAUGCUGUUGACCUAAACAAUGGGAUUUUUGAAAUCAAAUUUAUCGACGAUAUUGGAGACAUGUCUGAAAUUUUACAACAGCCUGAUGUCCUACAAGUUGAGAGCCAAGCCUUCUUUCCGUCCUACUUUCAUACGUUAAACUCACUGAAAUGUAUGUACAGUGAAAUAUUUAAUGCGGAAAAAAGAUUACCUUUUGGAAAGCAAUUAUUAAACAAAAGAAACAGUGUGGAACAAGAAAAGCCAGAUUAUUUUAAAUCACCUUCAUUCGUAGAAAAAGGAUUUGACAUCAGAUGUUUGCACUCUGAACAAAAAGCAGUAAAGGUUGACAUUUCAAAUGAGGCAAACUGGCCUGAUGCAGAUAGUCUUGGUAUGGACGAUUCUCAACACCAGGCAUUUAUCACAUCAAUGAACAGUAAGCUUGCCUUAAUACAAGGACCACCUGGAACAGGGAAAACCGUAGCAGAACUUCUUUUACGAAAUGAUAGUAUAUGGCGUCAACAAGAUGACCAAGGACCAAUGCUACUUCUUAGCUAUACUAACCAUGCAUUAGAUCAGUUUUUAAUAGAUAUCUCUAAAAGACUGCAGAUUACCGACGCCGCUGCUAUUGUCCGAUUAGGAUCGAGAUCAGAAAUCGAAAUAUUGAGCAAAUAUAACUUGACGGCUAAACGCAAGGCAUACAGUUACAAAGAUGAGGAGUCCAUUACUCGCGGGGGAGAAAUUCGAAUACGUACAAAAAGAGAAACAUCGAGCGUACUGAAUGUAUUGGCAUACAAUGCUAAAUCUAAUUUGAAACAAAGAAUCAAAGAGCAUGAAAACUUGAAGAAACUACGAGAGGAAAUUCAGACAGGAAUAGUUCAUCAAGACUGGCUCCAUGGUGUAGCUAAUGCUAUUACUGACAAGCAAUACAAUGCACUCAGGAACGAAUCUUCUUUAAUUAGAUGGUUAAAAGUUGAAUCAGUAACACAACAAGUUGUUAAUAUACAACAAAACUAUUUGGAAAAUAUUUACGAAGAUGAUGAUUUUGAGUAUUUCGAUGAAGAGGAAAAUUGGUAUGAUGAUUUAAGUGGAGAUUAUGACGAAGAGGGCAUACAAACAUUGGAAAAACUUCAACUGAUGCAUUUAGACUUAGAAAAAUUGAAAAUGGUGAUUUCUUCAAGUAUUGUAUUUAGCAAAGAGAAAACGCAAAGCAACCAAUGGUUUUGGGAGCAAUACAAUGAGUAUAAAAAAUCUGUUUUCAUUAAGAAAAUAGAAGAGAAACUCUGUUGUACACAAGCAAUGCCAUUUGAGGAUGCAUGUUCUGUGUCGAAUAUAUGGAACAUCGAUUAUCCACAAAGGUGGCAGUUGUAUAAAUACUGGAUUCAACAGUCUCUCAUUCCCAUCAACAAAGAAAUACAAGAGUGUGAGGAAAGCUACAGAAGAGCCCAAGGACGUUAUGAAGAGAUUCAACAUAUAGCUGAUAUCAACAUAUUGAAGAGAGCAAAACUUGUAGCAUGUACAACAACCAGAGCUGCAAGAGAUAUAGGAAUACUAAAACGAGUUUCUCCUAGAAUUGUUCUUCUUGAAGAAGCAGCUGAAAUCCCAGAACAUCACGUGGUGGCAUGUUUGACGUCAUCCUGCAAGCAACUUAUUAUGAUUGGCGACCACCAACAACUGCGUCCGUCCUACAAUGAUUACCAAACAGCACGACAACAUAAAAUAAAUAUUUCCCUUUUUGAAAGACUUAUUCGUGGACGUUUUCCAUAUAAACGAUUAGAAUAUCAACAUAGAAUGAGACCAACAAUAUCCAAGCUUUUAGUGCCUCACAUUUAUCGUACCCUGCAAGAUGACCAAAGUGUGUUUGAAUACGAAAACGUUAAAGGAAUUAACUGUAAUGUGUUCUUUUUAUCGCAUUCUGAGUUUGAAGACCAGGAACACGAUGAGUUUUCAAGAAGUCACAAGAACGAAUUCGAGGCAUUGUUCAUUUGUAAAUUGUACAGAUAUAUCAGAAUGCAAGGAUAUCCUUCUUCUAAAAUAACUGUGCUGUCAACCUACAAAGAUCAAGUUCGGCUACUUCGCAACAAGAUCAGGACUGAAGAUCAAACAAUUUCAAGAAAUGAAUUUUUUACCGACGACUUCGUCAAUUAUUCAGGGAUUUCAAGUCGAGAAGACCAACCAUCUGUAAGAGUUACGGCAGUAGAUAAUUUUCAAGGAGAGGAAAAUGAUAUAAUAUUGUUGUCGCUUGUCAGAAGUAAUAAGGAAAACAAAAUAGGCUAUUUAUCCGAGGCAAAUAGAGUUUGCGUUGCUCUGUCAAGGGCAAAAAUUGGACUUUACGUGAUAGGCAAUUUUGAACUUUUAAAAUCGAGAUCAGAACUGUGGAAUAAUAUUGUCAUUGAUGCUGAAAAUAGAAAAUCUGUUGGCUCAAAGCUGCACCUAACUUGUCAGAAUCACAAAAAUUCGACAUAUGUUUCUAAGCCGGACGACUUUGAUCAGGUUGCAGAUGGCGGAUGUCAAGAACCUUGUGAUGUCAAGAGACAAUGUGGGCACUUCUGUUCAAGAAAAUGUCAUGUAGAUGAUUCAGAUCAUGAAGACGAUUGUCAAAAAGAAUGUCACAGAGUUUGCGAAAGUGGACAUAGGUGCAUGAAAUCGUGUCAUUUUCCAGACCCAUGUGAGAAAUGUAGUGAAAUCGUGGAAAAGACAAUUCCAAAAUGUCAGCAUAAAAAACGUAUGCCUUGCCAUAAAGAUCCAAAGUCUUCAUCAUGCGAUGAACGAUGUCAAGCUAUUAUAGCAUGUGGUCAUCGUUGUCAGAAACAUUGUACAGAUCCUUGUAAUACAGAAGAUGACUGCAAGGAAUUGAUAAAGGUAAAAGCUCGUUGCGGGCAUGAGGUUCAAGUGGCAUGUUAUACAAAAUAUGAUCCACCUUGUAAGUUGCCAUGCCAGGGAAUACUGAAAUGUGGUCACGAAUGCAAAGGAACACAUUCCGAAUGUAGUCAAGGAAGGCUUCACAUACCAUGUAAAGCAAAAUGCGAAAGAAACAUGGUAUGUGGACAUAUUUGUAGGGAUAAUUGCAACUAUCGCUGUCCACCUUGCAAACAGAAAUGCGAUCGGAAAUGUUUUCAUGGCGAUAGAUGUAAAAAAAGAUGUAGUGAUAGCUGUAUACAAUGUACUGAACCUUGUAAGUGGGAAUGUAAAGCAGAAUGUCAAAACAAAUUCAAGUGCGAACAAGUAUGUAUGGAACUUUGCGAAAGACCAAAAUGUAAUACUCUUUGCAAUACUAUACUAGAUUGUGGCCUCGGUCACAAAUGUUCAGGACUGUUAUGCGAAUGUUCAAAGUGCGUUUGUAAAGUAUGCGAAAACUUGACAGAAAUAUUAUUUGGAUAUGAAGAAGAAGAUAACGCCAUAUUCAUUCGGUUAGAAGACUGCACAUGCGUUUUCGAAGUAAAUGGACUGGACCAACAUAUUUCGAACGUCAUGGAUAAUACAAGUGACGAAAUCAAGUCUUUGAAGUGCCCAAAGUGCAGCACAAAAAUAUCAAAGUCAAAAAGGUAUUCUAACGAACUAAAAAUUAUCAACAAAAACAUUUGUGAUGUAUUUAGAACCAUUAGAAAUAUUGAAGAAGGUACUGAUCUCCAUUCAAAGCGGUUUGCUACAAGACAGUUACUCACUGACAAUAAAUAUGACAUACCUCGUGACAAAUUUAAUCAACUUCGGGACAAAAUCGAAAAAACCGGGAGGGUCGAUACUCUGAACAUGAUAUUCGACCAGUUAACUUUUUAUAAAGAAAUUCGUAAUAUCAGAAAGGAAAUAAUUACCUUUAAGUAUUGUCGGCAGUUAAAAGCAUGGUUAGACCGUCUGGAAACUUGGGUAUUUUUAAAGCGAAGUAGAUAUGCGCGACAAGAACAUACAGAGUUUUUUUCUAGAAAUACGACGACUACAGCUUACGAUUGAUAUUUAUAAAUUCAAAACAGAAUUGUCUAAACAGGAUGAAGGACUCGAAAUCCCAGAGAAUAUUCAAAAUUACCUGCUUAAAAUCGAAUCUAUCGAAAUCAUAGAAGAAAACGAAUUGUCAAAAAUGAGAAAGGAAACCGAAAAAGUCUCAGACAAAAUGAUUGGCCUAACCCUUCAAGAGAAAGUAAUGAUAAAGCGAACCAUGGAGAACGAAUUUAUGGGGUCAGGACAUUGGUACAAAUGUAAAAAUGGACAUUACUACUCUAUUGGGGAAUGUGGGAUGCCUAUGGAGAUGAGAAAAUGUCCGCAGUGUAAUGUGACAAUUGGAGGUACAGGUCAUAUGCUAACUGAUGACAAUGAGAGAGCUAUGGACCUUGAAAAUCUUUAAAUUUCUGUUAUAUCUUAUCAAAAUACAUUGUCGUUAGGAGACAGCGUUGGACAUUUAAGCGCUUUGAUAGGACAUUUUAGCAAAAAGAAUCGGACGUGUUAGCGCCAAAGUGUAGCCCAGUAUAGCGCCAAAAUUUAACCCAUUUUAGAGAAAAGUGAAAUUAAAAAUGCCCAUUUUAGCAAAACUAAUUUAUUCAUUGUAGAAUAGUAAAUUUUAAUAGUAUUAAUACAGCACAUGAAGUAUGAAAAAUGUGUUCACUUAAAUGUCCUGCGCCCUUAGGAAACGACCAUUUAAUCAUCUUUUGGGGACCGGGAGGAUUUUUUACCCACGGAAUACUCUUUUUCAUCUGGUAUUUAUUUUGAAUUCCAAUGCGGAAAAUGUAUUUCCGUUUUUGUACACAAUUUAAAUAUAUAUUGUAUUUUGUUGAUUUUGCUGGGUAUAAUAUUCCAUUUCGUCCCGUAUUGGAAAAGGUUAUUAUUUUUCGGUGUGUAGGCCAGAUCAUUCAUUUCCAAAUCACUUCUUAUUCCUCCCUCAUUAGAAAGGUCGACUGUUUGCCCUCCUAAUCAUCUGUUAAUUACACAGAAAGUAACGGCGCGGGAUGUUUGCGCUUUUUCAGAGGACAUUUGCGCUUUUUUAUGGAUAUUUGCGCUUCAAUUUAUUGGACAUUUGCGCUUUUUAUGUAGGACAUUUGCACUUUUACAAUAUUUGCUUCCUAAUGACUUCCAUCCUCUUUUAUCCGGCCUUGGGACCGGCAGGUUUGACCUGGCAGAGUUAAAGUCAUUUCAUAGCACAUUCAUUUCAUAGCACAUCCAUUUCAUAGCACAUUCGUGUUUAAAAGUCAUUUCACAGCACAUUGAUAUAGUUAUAUAUAGCUAAUAGUAAACAUAUUUUUCAGGAUUGAUUACUACAUGUAGUAUUUAUUUUCCUCUUUUGCUAAGUAUCCUUUUCUUUUAUAUUCACUUUUGUACACAUUUGCUUCCCUGAUUUUUUUUUUUUUUUUUUUUAGAAUAUUCCUGUUCAUCGUUUGCAAAGUUAAUUAUUUUCAGUUCUUACCUGGCCAAAUCAUUCAUUUUCAACAUCCUCAUCCCCCUCGAUAUUCAGAUAGUCGCCCCCUUUAUGCACUAUCCAAUCCCGCCAUCGACCGAUUGUCAUGGGAGAAACAAAGAGUUGGAGGAGGUAUAACCAAAAUCAAAAUACAUAUAAUUAGGUCGUCGUAUGUACCGAAAUAUACUGUUUAAGGGAGACCAUGUCUUCGUGUUUUUCUCCCAUUCCUAGAGACACCGACAAUUAUUUUUUAAAGGAGAAAAUUAUUCCCAUCCGGUCUUUUUUUGGUGCACGUGGAGUACCUGUUUUUGUCGUUUCAGAAUAAAUAUUUUCCAAUAUUUUUUCGGGAUGGAAACACUACUCAAUAAUCUCGGGUCGGAAACUUUCAAUAUAAAUCUUACACAAACAAUUCAUUUAAAUGUAUCUGAAACUCAAAUCCUACUAAAACAGUUGCUACAUGUGUUCCUUUUCUGAAAAUAAGUGACUAAUUUGUGCACUGCAAAGUUAGCGCGGCAAAAUUUGAUGAACAUAUUUAAUUCAUGAAAAGCACAGUUAAGGGUGCAUUUCUUUCUAACCAAAAUUUUGUAAACGUUGUGUGCCGUUUGUUAUCGUUUGCUAAACUCUACAAAAGUAGAAACAAUUGUACGACUUUGCCCCCAGCAGAGCUAUAGAAAAAGAGUACAUAAACGGGUGUUACACGGACACUUUUUAGAUGAUACACGGACACUUUUUAGUUGUUACACGGACACUUUUUAUAAAUAGAAUCACUCGUGCAUGAUCAGUGAGUUCAUGGGUACUUUAAAUUUCAAUUAGAUUUUUUUCAAACAAUUCCAGUAUAUUACUAUUCAUAUCAGUACACUAAGGGAUUGACCAUGUAACUUCAAAAGGGGAGUUUCCAAAAAAAAAUAUUCUGAUCCCCAAUUUUGUGAGAAAAAAAUAUAUUGUGGUCAAUCAGAUGACAAAAUAAUGUUCUGAUUCCUGAUUUUCCGUAUACCGUAUAUAAUAAUGCUAAUUUCGAAAAAAAAUAUUUGGGUGAUAGCGUUGAAAAACUAAAUAAUUUUCUUACUCAGAAAAAAACAUACCCCCUUUUGGAGCUAAAUAGUCGGCCCGUAAAUGUAUUUUUUUUCAAUACAUGGACAUGAAUAGUAUUCUGGACAAUGCUGAAAGUAAAGAAAUGCUGGUACCGACGUUUAUAUUUCAAUAAAAAAGACAGGAAAUAUGUAUAAAAAAAUCAAAUCUAAUGAAAAGAUAGAAUCCCUAUCAACUCACCAAUGCACGAUUGAUCCUAUAAAUUAAAAGUGUCCGUGUAAUACAUGUUCAAAUAGGCAGCAAAUCUUGAAGAAAAUCAUUCAACUUAUUUCACCAAUUUUGGACGGUAAGCUGCGAUUGGAUCAUAUUGUGACACGUGUUUAAUCCUGACCAACACUAUUAGAGACAUAUAUAAAAACCUAAUCAUGAAUUUUAAAAAAAAAUCCAAAAUAUAUGCCUAUAUAUAUAUAUAUAUAUCUAAUAACAAGACAAAAUCCAUUUUGUCAUAACAUUUCAUUCACUAAUGAAAUAGGAAAUUCAUUCUUUUUAUACAUUUAUAUUGUUAUUGAAUUCAUAUAUAUAGAAUUCAUAUAUUUGGGAGCAAACGUAAGAUUUUUAUUAUUUUUUAAGGCGGAAUGGGGGAAUGGAUGUUUUCAACAAAAAAAGAUAGAGCCUGUUUAUUCAGUUUAAAUUUAUUUUACCCCCCCCCCCCUCUUUUUCCGUUUUUCCCCAAGUAAAAAUCAAAUGUAAGCUUGCUUACCUCUGAAAUCUUUUUCAUACAUUACUUACUUGCGAAGUUGCAUUUUUACAAGUCUCAAAUGUGUACGACAUUCAUCUGUUACUUGACAUGGUUCUUUUUUAUGAAAUUAUUAGAUUCUUGAAUUUCUUGAGAAAAACUAGGCUCAAGGGAAGUGAAAAACUGUAACUUACAUUAACUGGUAUAUGACCAUUUAAGUUUCUAAUCUGUUUAAUUUUGAUACCUCUUCUAAAUGCAAAAUGUACUACGUCUUUCUUGAAACGUCGUACAAGUCAGAUACAAAACAAAGGUAACAAAAAACAGGCCGGAAACAAACUGCCGUAAAGUUUUUCUGCACUCGUAGUCUGGUCAAGGUCCUCGGCUAUCGCCGCGGACCUUCACCUGACUACUCGUGCAGAAAAACUAUCCGGCAACGGUUGUUACCGGCCUGUUUCUUUGUUACCUUUGUAUUGUAUCCAAUACAUACAGCGUUUAAUCAGUGUUUACUGACCCUGUUUGAACUUUCAAUAAUACAUGCAAAUGUUGUUGGUAAACAGACUUAUUACAAAAGUUGAAACAAACACAUCAUUUAAUCAGGCUGAAGUUAGAAACAAAUGUAGCGUUUGUACUAACAAACGAUGAACGACAAACUGUAGACGCAGUUUUAGUGAGUGCAUAGUUUGUCAAAGUUUAGGUAAACUAUGUUAGAAACAAAUGAUCAAAACAUGUGCGCGCUUAGCCGUUUGUAUCGUUUGUGUUAGAAAGAAAUGCACUCUAAGUUUCAUUGGUCAGCAUUUACAUUUCAUAAAUUUAGUAGCCACACCUAACUCAUGUAAACUUAAUGCAUUCAAAACUGUCGCCUCUGUGCAUUUUUACAAUCUAUUAAGUAAUUGGCGUGCAAUAUUUACAACUUCAAUAUAAAAUUCCGGGGUAUUCAAGGGUUAGACAUCCACAUGAUCCAAAAAAACUGGCUUUUCAUUCCUGAUUAUGUCUUCUUGAUAUACAACAAUGUUUGCUUUGAUUAAUUUUAUUUUGAUGUUUGUGUGUAUGUUGUAUGCUGACUAUUUAUAACAUUAAGUGUUUAGAUUAUCUAGAUGUAUCUAUAUUACAAUAUAUAACCUAGA